GAAUGAACAUCGCAACACUACGUAACGGUUUUCGUGGUGGUUGAUUUUCUCAAUACACACACUAGUGAAAAAGAACAUUGUGAAUUUGUUAUCAUCGUGUGAUCGUGCUGUGCUGUGUAAUUCGACGAUAAAUUUCAAUUUCGAGUUUUGGUUUUCGCGUUUCGUUCAUAAAACACGACGCAAUUUGGGCCUGACGCGGUGAUUUUGGGCCUUGCCCAAUCUUCCAGACUACCUUUUCAAUUAUCGCUCACGUGUUUGCGUUUAUUAUUAUGAUAUUGAAUGUGAAAAAUUAUGUCUUCUGUGGUGACAGUGUUGACGGUGAUAUUUUCGGUGAUAUUGACGCCGUUUUUAAUAUUCUUUUGCGGUAUCGUGGUGUUAGCAGCUUUAGGUAGAACACUCGGCGUUCGCAGAUUAUACGUCAAGUUACUUCUCAGAGUUUUCGAGUAUGGUCGUGAAAGUAUCGAGAAAAAUUUACGACGUCGAAAUUCGGAAAGUGGCGAAGAAGACGAUACGGACGACGUUGGCCACCACAAGGUACACAAAUUAACCCCUAACGGAGGCCUGGUCAAUGGCCGAAAAGAAAACGGUAUCGGUAAAAAGUUAACCAACGGUUACGUCGUCGCCAAUACCAAUACUGUAAUCAACCGAGAAGAUUUCAUCUUGUUACCAGAACCGGUGGAAAAUAACAACGUUAAAAAUGGCACCAACGAACAGAAUGAAGAAACAGUCCCGGAAGAGAACGGCGAAAUUGAUGAGAAUAAAAGUAGACGCGAAUUCGAGUUGAAAGAUGUAUUGGACUAUAUUAAAACAGGUGUCGAAGCCAUUAUCGAAGAUCAAGUCACCUCGCGUUUCGAAGCUGAAGAAUUAAAGUCAUGGAAUUUAUUAACGAGGACGAAUAGAAAUUAUGAAUUCAUCAACUGGAGGAUCACGGUCAUUUGGGUGAUUGGAUUCUGGAUCAGAUACGCGUUUCUGUUACCUUUACGUGUUCUUAUUUGCUUUUUCGGGGUAUCGUGGGCCUUAGCGUGGACGUUCCUGCUGAGUGUAUGGCCGGAUAGUGAUUUGAAAAGGGUAGUUAACGAGCUUGCAUCGUUGAUAACGUUUCGUAUAUUCGCGUUAUGCAUUUCGGCUGUGAUAAAUACGCAUAAUGUGCAAUGGAAGCCGCGUAAAGGUGGAGUUUGCGUAGCGAAUCAUACGACGCCGGCGGAUGCUGUCAUAUUGUCGACCGAAACAGCCUUCUCAUUGGUCAUGUGGCUUACGAUAUGCACGGCAAUAGUAGGUUAUGUGCCGAAAGGCGAUUUCAAGAGAUGGCUUAAUAGACGUGUAUCGAUAAUGUGUUUUCAAGUAUUAAGUAGCGCUUUAUCGUCCGUAAUUACCUACCACAACGUUCGGAAUCGUCCUAGAAGUGGUAUCUGUGUAGCCAAUCACACGUCACCGAUUGAUUGUCUUGUUUUAGCCUGUGAUAAUUGUUAUUCUUUGACUGGACAAAGACACGGAGGUUUUCUCGGUAUUUUACAACGAGCUUUGGCCAGAGCAUCGCCUCACAUCUGGUUCGAACGAGAUGAAGCUAAAGAUAGAGAAGCAGUAGCCGAAAGGUUAAGACUACACGUAUCAGAUCCGAAUAAUCCGCCUAUAUUGAUAUUCCCCGAAGGCACCUGUAUGAAUAAUACGUCUGUGAUGCAAUUCAAAAAAGGCAGUUUUGAAGUAGGAAGCGUGAUUUAUCCUGUAGCGAUCAAAUACGAUCCGCGAUUCGGCGACGCUUUCUGGAACAGCAGCAAAUACUCGAUGAUGCAGUACUUGUACUUGAUGAUGACCAGUUGGGCGAUCGUCUGCGACGUUUGGUAUCUACCUCCGAUGACCAUGGAACCGGACGAGAACGCCGUGCAAUUCGCCAAUCGCGUCAAAAGAGCCAUCGCCGAACGAGGCGGCUUAGUUGAUCUCAUGUGGGAUGGCCAAUUAAAACGUAUGAAACCUAAAAAAGAAUGGAAAGAAAGACAUCAAGAAGAAUUCAGCAAACGAUUAAAAAUCGAAUAGUAAUACACGGUGUUAAACAUAUCGUAUUUUUUAAAAUCUUCCUUUUACCUUGUGUACCUCUCCCCCUCCUCGUACCAUUUUUUCUCCUAGCUUCGCCCAGUUUCUCGUGUAACAAUAAUACCUACCUAUUUUUUAUAACUCUGAUGUCAUUUUAAUUUGAAAAAUUGUCAAUAUCGUUUAAAUCAGACGCAAACGCCAUGCCAGCCAGCGCAUCAGAUAAACGAAUUUACCUACACGAACGUCACCACGAUUUAUAAGAUGUAAUUUACCUAUUGUUGUUUUUGUUUCUUUCUUUUUUAAAAUGUGUAUUUUUGGUUUUAAGAUGAUAUGUACCUAUUCUUUCUUCUUUCUCUCUUUGUUUCUCUGUCUGUAUUAUCUUCGUCUGUGUCUUUAUUAUUUCAUGGAGAACUCGCUAAACGAUCCGUACAGAGUGUUGUAGUUUUUAAUAUGAUUAUUAUUAAGUUUAUGGUUUAUUGGCUGGUUUUCUGAAUAGCGUUGCAGGAAGGAGAGGCCAAAAAACUGAUGAAUCUGUGAUUCGUGUAACUUAUAAAUUAUUCUCUUUUUUUUUUUGUACAUAAUAUUGUUUUUAUAAACUAUUUUGUUCGGAUUGUAAAAUACUGGGGAAUGAACGAGUUCUUCAUGAAAAUACCAUACUCAAGCUUUUCUUUUCUCGAUUAUAUGAUCAAAGUUAUUAGAACUUGAAAGUCAUCACCGUUUUAUUUUUCUAGAAAAAUAUUGUAUUUCGUAGAGACGUGUUUUUUUUUUUUUCAAAAAAAGAGUAUUUUGUGUAAAUAUGUAUUGUAGUAUCAUUUGUAAAAAUAAUUUGCAAACAUACCUCGAUAAUAUGUAUUAUGUAUGUAUGUAUAUGAUUGGAAGGUAGUUCGUUACCAAAAGUAUGUUUGUUCAAGUUCCUGAGCGUGUAUCUGUUUUGAAACACCUUUCUUUCUCUUUUCUUUUUUUUUUUUAUCUAGUAUUAUCUACUUUAAGAAUUUUUAAACGAAGAAAAAAAAAUUGUAAAAUUCAAUUUCAAAGCGCAAAAGAUAAUAUUUAAUCAAAAAUUAUUUAUUUCGAUGUAAUUUUUGAACUUUUUUUUAAACGUGUAAUAUGUAUUUAUAGCUGAUUACCUUCAAUUCUUCUCUUUUUUUUAUUGUAUUUAUUUAUUUUGUUUUUGUAAAUACCUACUUGGAUGAUUUUAACGUGUUAAUGGCUUGAAAUGUGCGACUGUUCAAAGACCACUGCUAUUUAAACGUAUUUAUUAAUGUUUUUUUUUGCGAUAGAACGUCGAAUUUCUUAUGGUUUAUCCGUUUACUGGAUGUAUUUUUAAAAUAAAUCACUAUUUUGCUGA